CGGUUACAAAAUAGUAGUAUCCUUUUGAUACAAAACGCAGUGACCAUUUUCUUAAGCAUUAACAUUACUCAAUGAAGAUUAUGAAAGCAAUGAAGAAGCUCACGUUCUGGUCAAGAAAGAAGAGGAAACGUAAGCAAGCUUGCCCAUCUCAGCCUCACCAUUGCUCUUGUGAGUACUCUUCCACGGCAGUAGCGGUGUUGGUUGAGCCCACAGCGCCUCCUCUUCCGUAUUGGUUCGAUGAGACUCGGAGUCUUUGUCCCCCAGAGACAUCAUCAUUUCCUUGGACUACUCAUCACUUACCUCACCAACAAGAAGAAACCAUCGUUGAAGCAACCCCGUUGUUGUCUCAAGUGUCUGAUCUUCGCAUCUACCAGUCUUAUCAACAGUACAUGGUGCCGAAUCCAACUAGUAACGUCCACUUUGUAGAACCAGCUACAGCAAAGAGAUCAGUGGGAAUAUUCGGUUGUGUCAUCGAGUUAAGUUCGAGUCUAGUUCGUUGUUUCAUACCGUAAUUUGAGCAGUUUUAUGGAAACCAAUUUGCGAGAAUAAUUCAACAUCUUUUAACAUGUUACGUGUAUCAUCUUUGCAUCUUCUCAAUUACAUAAGCAUCGAGUUAAGGUCAUAAUCUUUUUAGAAAUGUAAAAUAAUAAAACAGGUUGUAAUACAAUAAUUUUUGAUGGUAUUUUGAAAUUU